ACUAGAUUCAAUCCUAGCGGUCGGACAGAUGUGUCAAAGCGGAUUGGCCCCAAAAAAUAUUAAUGAGGGUGUGAUGUAGUAUCUUCGGACGUAUAUGGUCUCUAGCAACACAUUCCAUUUGCUCGACUAUGAAUCAGGCAUGAAACAGGGAUGGCUUACUCAGGCCCAUCUCUACCAUUACGCUUGAAAGCGUCAUAAAUGAAUUCCAUCAUCUAGAUCAGGAACCCCGCACUGCCAGUAAAGAUAGAUAUAUGAUAGACUUUGCACCCUCCACCCCCUCAUCAUCUAGCUUCAACGCUUCCUUUUCAACCGUCAGUAGUGAAGAUUGUUCCAGAAUACCCCAGAAACCAGUGUAAGAACAGCGAAGAUGCAGGGAGAUAUUCCUCUACGAGAACCGGUCCAUAGCAUCCAGCCAGAAGACGAGUGGAGGGUCGAGCAGGGAAUAGCGGGUGCAGAAUUCUACCUACUUGAUCAGACUAAGGGGCCUGGAGAACAACCACGGAUUCCCGUCUCUAAACAUCCGAUUACGCCGCCAGUUGAGGCCAAGUUCGAUGAUGAGCUAGCUAAAGAUGAGAUCCCAGGCUGGAGCGGGUAUGUCGAGUGGGAGGACUAUCCUGGGAAGAAGAAGACUGCACACGACAUAUUGAUGUCUCAUGAGUUCCCUCCCCCCCCUGAGUUUCAGCUGGAGCCAAUUCCCGGCACCAACCCGGUACUUGAAGGAAUUCGAUGGAAACAAUGGCACCGUGCAAUUGGAGGCCGACUCAAAGAUGUACCUGAAGAAUCGUGGAAGAUUGUACUCGAAGAGAAAGACCCAAACAUGCUGCAUCUUCUUCAGUUCCCGUACAACGGGGAGCCACCGAAGAGACUAGUUACCGCACAAGCCAUCACACCGAAUCCUCUCCACUUCAUCCGGAAUCAUGGCGGUAUCCCUGUUAUAGAUCCCGACUCCUGGUUUCUGAGGCUUGAGGGUCUUGUGCGAGAGCCUAAGAAACUCACGUUGGCCGACUUACAAGACGAAACCCGAUUCCCUCGUAUGGAGAGGCUAGUGACUAUCCAAUGUAGUGGGACGCGUCGUAUUGAGCAGAUUUCGCUUUAUGCUGGCGAAGGCGAUGAGAUGAUUAACGCACCAUGGGCUGAAGGCGCUAUUGGUACGGCACGAUAUGUCGGCAUCUCGCUUAAGAAAGUGAUCAAGUACUGUGGCGGUCUCAUCGACGGGGCGAAACACCUCGAACUUGUUGGUGCAGAUACUUACUUCAAAAUGAACGAAGUGAUGAACUAUGCCGUCAGCGUGCCCUACUCAAAGGUACGCGCAAACGAGGUAAUGCUCGUCUGGGAAAUGAAUGGCCAGAAGCUACCCAAGAUCCACGGCGCCCCGAUUCGAGCAGUUGUCAUGGGCUAUAUUGGCGCGAGAAGCGUGAAGUGGUUGUAUCGAAUUACAGCAAUGAAAGAGCCAACCCGAGCCCCCGUUCAAAGCAGGGAGUAUCUAUACUUUAACCAGCAAGUCGGAAAGCAUAACCAGAGAUGGACAGAUGGUAUACAGAUCCAGGAAAUGCCUGUCAGCAGUGCUAUCAUGUCGCCUUGGAACAAACAAGUCGUGAUUCACGAAGGUAAGAUCUCAGUGAAAGGAUGGGCAUAUUCUGGUGGUGGGCGGUGGCCCGAGCGAGUCGAAGUUAGUGCCGAUGGGGGUUUCUCUUGGUAUAUGGUACCAGUCGAGAACCUGAGUCCCAAGCACAAGUUUGCAUGGAGAACGUGGACAAUGGAGGUUCCUUGCGACGUAGAAGGGUGGAUCGAACUCGUAGUCCGAUGCUGGGACAACAGCCUAAACACUCAACCCACAGAAGUCCGAAAUGCUUGGAAUUGGGGACUGCAUGUGACGAGCAGUGCUCAUAGGGUGAGGAUUUACAGUGUUAACAAAAGCAAGGAAGUAACGAAAGCGAGACUGGAGGAGUUCGAGAGGAGACAAGUCAGUUUUGUGCCUAUUACUCGGCCUACUGAGUUUCCUUAUAUGACCUGGAAGGAGUAUGAUGACUUCUUUGCCAAAGCUGGGCCGCGGGACAUCGAGGUAUAAUAGGGCAAUCGAUCACUGUGAAUAGGAUCUACUUCAAGUGUUGUCUACGCACUUUGGCGGACUGCUAAUCCUAUUCCUUCGGGAGCCCGAGUUCAUUCCUUCAACUUUACUUUGUCUUAUUCUUCUUAUAAAAAGAAAUAACAAAAAAUUUCUUUUUUCCAGGUUGUGAUGGAUGAAGCGCAGUCAGAACAAAAACUCGACACCUCCGAG